AUGAGUGGUACAACUCGAGUUAAAACAUUUUCUGGUCAAACAAUAAUUACUCGAAAUAGUUCAUCAUCAGAUCGACCACCAACAUAUUGUAUUCGUCCAUCGUCUGUUUCACCUACUCAUGAUUCUGAUGAAGCAUUUAUAAGUGAUGACGAAAUUUAUACACAUUUUAUGAAAUUUAAUACAUGUUAUGAUAUAAUGCCGAAAAGUUCUAAACUAGUUAUAUUCGAUACUCAAUUAGCUGUAAAAAAAGCUUUUUUUGCUCUUGUUUAUAACGGUGUACGUGCAGCACCAUUGUGGGAUACAAAACGACAAAAAUUUAUUGGCUUAUUAACAAUAACAGAUUUUAUUCUUAUACUGCAAAAAUAUUAUAAAGAGCCACAUGCUAAAAUUGAAGAAUUAGAAGAACACAGAAUUGAAACAUGGAGAGAGGUUUUACGAGAAUAUGAAAAACCUUUGCUAUAUAUUAGACCAAAUCAAAGUUUAUUUGACGCUGUACGUGUUUUAUUAGAAAAUCGUGUUCAUCGAUUACCUAUUAUUGAUUCGACAACAAAUAAUGUUAUAUUUAUUCUAACCCAUAAACGAAUACUAAGGUUUUUUUAUUUAUACAUUUAUGAUUGGCCACAACCAUCAUUUAUGUCUAAAACAUUAGAAGAAUUAAAAAUCGGAACUUAUGACAAUUUACUUAUAAUUGAAGAAACUACAACAGUAAUUGAAGCCUUAAAUUAUUUUGUGAAAUAUCGUGUAUCAGCAUUACCUGUUGUUGAUAAAAAUAGGAAAUUAGUCAAUAUUUAUUCGAAAUUUGAUGUUAUUGGUUUAGCACCAGAUAAAAGUUAUCGAAAUUUAAAUAUGACAAUAAAUGAAGCAUUAUCAUAUCGAAAAGAACGUUUUGAAGCUGUUUCAAAAUGUUAUAAAAAUGAAUUAUUAUCAACAUGUAUGGAACGUAUUGUUAAAGCUGAGGUACAUCGUUUAGUUAUUGUUGACAAUGAUGAACAUGUUAUUGGUAUACUUUCAUUAUCUGAUUUACUUUAUUAUAUUGUAAUACGUCCAACUAAAUCCGAAAAUAACACAACAACAUCGGUACCACCUACAACUGGAUCAAAUCAAGAAAUAGAAUAG